AAACACCGUCCACAAAUAUAGGAGCUACUUGAAAAUUAUUAUGUUUCUAGUCUGAAUAAUAAAAACAAUUUUCAGUCAUGAACUCCAAUUACUACAAACUACUUUUGCUGGGCGGCGCCGUGCGUUUAUAUUUCAGUCAAACGUCUUUAGCUCCGCUUAUCGGGAAUCGCGUUGAAUUUGCCACUCCUUUAAAUUCGUUUAAGCGCCUGCAAGAGGGCGUAUUCCUGCUUCAGCAAGGUGUGGAUCCAUACAGCGGAGAUUUGGUGCAUGAGUCGCCACUGCUUUUGAAAGCCCUCUCAGGCAUUUUGAUAAACUAUGCUCAAGUGCUCCCACUACUAUAUAUAUUGUUAGACUUGUGCACGGCCACGCUACUAUGUUUGCUGGGCCAUACGUUUGUGAAGCAAAAGCUGCAACAGCAAAAAGGAGAAUGCGAAGAGUACGCAAAAGAUACAGAAGAGCUACAGUAUACCGAUGAGGACAAAUCCCACAUACCGGAGCUGGUGCUAUUGGCCUAUCUAUUCAAUCCACUGACUAUAAUGAGCUGCAUAGGACUGACCUCCACAGUGCUGAGCAAUUUACUGCUUGCAUUGAUUCUAUACUCAAUGGUUAAGCGCCAGCUAUUGAUCUGCACCGUUCUGCUGGCCUUCGAGACAGUUCGCAAUCUUUAUCCAUUUGUUCUGAUUGCGCCGUUGAUCUUACUCUUUGCUCGCCGUUCUGUCCCUAUGGGCAUCGCCAUAUUCAUCAUAUUUGUUACCUCUUGCUUUGCUGUGGCUGGUGCGAAUUUCUUGGUGAUGAAUAGCUGGAAUUACCUAGAUGGCACACUCGGAUUUAUCUUCUUCUUCCGUGAUCUACAGCCCAAUAUUGGUCUAUUCUGGUACUUCUUUACAGAGAUGUUUGAGCAUUUCCGCACCAUGUUUCUGAUUACAUUCCAAUUAAAUGCCACCGUUUUGUAUUUGGUUCCAUUGUCCUUGAAGUUGCGCAAGGAGCCCCUGCUGCUGGCCACCGUGCUCAUUGCGCUCAUGGCGGUCUUUCGUGCAUAUCCUAGUCUAGGCGAUGUUGGAUUCUAUUUGGCCUUAUUGCCGCUGUGGCGUCGUUGCUGGAAGUUCAUGGCCCAUGGAUUUGUCGUGUUUACUUUCUUUCUGAUAACGCUGUCCAUGAUGGGCGCCUUUUGGCAUUUGUGGAUCUAUGCCGGCUCUGCUAAUGCCAAUUUCUACUUUGGAGCCACCCUCGCUUUCAGCACGGGUCAAAUAUUCCUAAUUACGGAUUUGCUGUUCGCGCACGUGAAGCGCGAGUUCUGCCUCUACAAUGGGCAGAAGAUUAUGAUUGACGGGGAAGAGGCGCGUAUAUUACUAGAAUAAGCCGUUUUUGAAGAAUUCACCAAUUAAAAGAAUGAAUUUAUUCAACUAA